AUGGAAGAUAAAUAUAUUGGAUUGUUUCUAGCGGUGACGUCUUCGCUGGCCAUUGGAUCAUCAUUCAUCUUCACGAAACUUGGCUUGAAUGCAGCCAGCGAACAAAACAACUUCCAGGGCGCUGGAUUGGACUACUUGAAGAACCCAAUCUGGUGGGGUGGGAUGACGUUGAUGGUGAUUGGGGAGGUAGCGAACUUUGCUGCUUAUACGUUUGCUCCAGCGAUUAUGGUGACGCCAUUGGGCGCACUUUCUGUGAUUAUCGGUGCUGUACUUGCAGCCAUCUUCUUGAAAGAGGAAUUGGGCUUACUGGGGAAGCUUGGCUGUUCCAUAUGCUUGCUGGGGUCUGUUAUCAUUGUGUUGCAUGCGCCCUCUGACAAGGAGAUCGAAACCGUGGACGAGAUCUUGCGGUAUGCGAUGCAGCCAGCGUUUGUGUUUUACGUUGUGACCGUGGCCAUUGUGAGUUUGUACAUGAUCUACAAGGUUGUGCCACGGUACGGGACGACGAACCCGAUGGUAUACAUCAGCGUGUGUUCGCUGGUAGGUUCAGUGUCUGUGAUGGCGAUCAAGGCGUUUGGGAUCGCGUUAAAAUUAACUUUGAGUGGGAACAACCAGUUCACGCACAUUUCGACUUACGUAUUCAUCGUUGUCGUGGUGGUGUGCAUUGUAACGCAGAUGAACUACUUCAACAAGGCAUUGGACACGUUUGACACGUCGAUCGUGAACCCGUUGUACUACGUCACGUUUACCAGUGCUACGUUGACUGCGUCCUUCAUCUUGUACCGGAACCUUGACGACAGCGAUGCGAAGGAUUCGAUCUCGCUAGUGUGCGGGUUCGUGAUCAUCUUUAUUGGUGUUUACCUGUUGAACCUCUCGAGGAAAUGGAGCAAUCAUGGGGCCCAUGGGCCCCAUGGCUUGCCAUUACACCAAUCGGACCCGCUGGACCUCGAGCAGAUCCCCUUGGAAACGCGUGUGCCACAAGAGAACCGUCACCAACGUAAAAUAUCGUCCACGUCCAGCUACCUGGGCGACAACGUUGAACACGAGGACGACGGCUUUGAGAUAUAA